AUGAAUGAGAAACUGCUUUUCUACGGAGAAAAGAUCCUUUGCAAAGAACAGCCCUGUAGACAAACACCUCACAUCCAAGCCGCAAAACUAAAGGCAGAUUUACUUAAGGAGGAGGAUGCAAACUGGAACACAGGCAGCAUUUUAUUGGUGAAGAAGUGCCUCCAAGAGUCAGCUGAAAAAGCAAAAUGUGGCCUGCAGAGUCCCAGCUCCAGCAUCAUAAAGCAGAGCAUAGAGGGUGAUUUCGAGCCGAGAGACACUAACUUCAGAACCGGCACUAGCUGUCACUUGGAUGCAAGAGAUGAAGGUAAUGAUACGGAAGCCAGCAAGAUGAGUAAAUUAAGAAGGACCAGAAAGAAAGUCACUAAAACACAUGCUUUUCCAACUGAAAUAGGAGAAAUGGAUAUAUCUAACUCAAAAGAAAGGAUCAGAAAUCAAAUGGUGUGCCAGAAAUUGGCAGAUAUGAGCAGACUAGUUGUGGGACAUGAUUCUGCUGAAACUCAUCUGCCACAAGAUGACCCAGACUCCCAAGAUCAGACAAUAGUGGUAAAACCAUCGCACCUCAAAACACCAGCCAACGCUUCUGGUGGCGAUUUUAACUCAGACUCCAGCUACACUGAUAACACCAAGGACAGCACUGAAAUUCUGACCGCACCUCAACUCUCCUCUAGAAUGAAGCACAUUAAACAAGAGAUGGCUAAAAAUCACCUUCAGUUUGUGCGAUUUGAAGCCACAGACCUCCAUGGUGUGUCCAGGUCUAAGAGCAUCCCGGCACACUUUUUCCAAGAAAAAGUGAUCCAUGGGGUUUGCAUGCCCCGAGGUUAUCUUGAAUUGAUACCGAAUCCUAAGGACAAUGAAGUGGAUCACAUAAGAGCCACAUGUUUCAAUAGUGACAUAGUCCUGAUGCCUGAGCUAUCAACCUUUAGAGUUUUGCCCUGGGCUGAGAGAACUGCGAGAGUGAUUUGUGACACAUUCACUGUGACCGGCGAGCCUCUGUUGACUUCUCCGAGGUACAUCGCAAAGACACAGCUGAACCAGCUGAAGGACGCAGGCUUCUCCCUGCUCUCCGCCUUCAUCUACGAUUUUUGCAUUUUUGGUGUGCCCGAAAUUAUCAAUUCAAAGACCAUAUCUUUUCCUGCUUCAACACUGCUAAAUAAUCAUGACCAGCCCUUCAUCCAGGAACUCGUAGAUGGUUUGUAUCACACUGGAGCCAAUGUCGAGAGCUUUUCCUCCUCCACCAGGCCUGGUCAGAUGGAAAUCUGUUUUCUGCCCGAAUUUGGCAUCAAUUCAGCCGAUAAUGCAUUUACCCUGAGAACAGGUGUCAAAGAAGUGGCAAGGAAAUAUAAUUACAUCGCCAGCUUUUUCAUUGAGACUGGAGUCUGCAAUUCAGGAAUUUUGUCUCAUAGUCUCUGGGAUGUCUGUGGGAAGACAAACAUGUUUUGCAGCAGUUCUGGAGUUGAGCAGCUCACCAUCACUGGGAAAAAAUGGCUGGCGGGGCUCCUGAAGCACUCUGCUGCCCUCAGUUGCCUGAUGGCUCCCGCUGUUAGCUGCCGAAAGCGCUAUUCCAAGGAGAGCAAAGACCUGAAGGAGAGCGUGCCCACCACGUGGGGCUACAACAAUAACAGCUGUGCGUUUAAUAUCAAGUGUCAUGGCGAGAAAGGCGCCCGGAUAGAAAAUAAACUGGGCUCAGCCACAGCAAAUCCUUACCUGGUGCUGGCCGCCACCGUUGCGGCCGGCUUGGAUGGACUUCAAAGCAGUGAUGAUGUCUUGGUGGGUCCAGAUGACAGCACAGACCUUUCUCAGUCACAUCCUUCUGAGAUCCCUUUGAAACUGGAAGAUGCCCUUGUGGCACUGGAGGAAGAUGAGUGUCUGAGAGAGGCUCUAGGAGAAACUUUCAUUCGGUAUUUUGUUGCCAUGAAGAAAUAUGAGUUGGAAAAUGAAGAAACAGAUGCUGAGAGGAAUAAAUUCUUAGAGUAUUUUAUUUAGAAUGGAAUCCUUAAUAUUCCUCUAGAGAUGUGAUUUUUACUUAAGUAGCUAAUCUACCAGAAAGAAAAGAUUGGACUUCUGUAAUUAACAACUACAAGACUAUCAACGCUUUUGCUCUUUUUUGCCCCUGUAGAAUAUUUGACAGAUGAAGUGCGACUGCUGAGAGAAGAUUCUGAUAACAGAAACAAACAAUAAAGUUGUGGUGAAGCUGUAAUAUGCAAACUUACCAGGUCUUGUCAGUUAGUCGUCAUUUUCUCCGUGUGUGUUGACCUAGAUAGAAACAGUCAACUUUUUUCAGGCAAUAAAUAUAUUCACACAAUAAAAAAGCCAAGAAUUAGAAAGCAAAAUUUAAAGGACUGGAAAAAAGAGGAAAUAAUUUUAUUUAUUCACAUAGGUUGUGACUUCCAGGGAGACAAAAAUACUUACUAAUAUAAUCUCACUAAUCAAGAUAUAUUGAGGAUCUAUUUUGCAAUCAUUAUUGUGACGUUUCUAAAUAAGUCUAGCUUUGCAAAAAUACACCAUGAGGACAAGUCAGCAGAAGUUUUCGCAUAGGUCCCUUCUCUUUUUCUCCUUCUUCACUAGCUCCUGAAAGGAUUAGGAACUUCAAGGCUGUCGUGUCCCCAAGAAGCAAACCCACAAGACAUGGAAUUCGGGCUGGGAACAAUGAGGUCAGAUAUUUAAUAGCAGUCAAAACCUCUCUUCAAACAAUGCCUCAUGUGGAAGCUCGAAACAAACAAUAUAGGUGAAGUGGCGAUGUGCAUGCGGGUGGGCGGGCCCUGCCUGCUUCACUCUGUUCUUUGAAACUAGAGAUUUCAACGCCACCUCUACUUCUUUGUGAAGGAUGUGAACAGCCGCUUAUGUACCCAGGCUAUGUCUGCAGCUCAAAUUUGUAUUUAAACUACUGAUUCUGCGAUCCCCACAGGUUGUUAUCUCCCCAGAGAAUAUUAAAUAUUCCAGACCUUUGUUUGAAUGAGA